CUGUCCCACCUCUUUUCUCCUCCUCGGUGCUUGUGCAAGUGUCUGUUAGGCAAGUGGAGUGUGGGAGUUCCCAUCCCUCCCCAGAGAAGGUCCUAGUAGCCCUGCACCAGGCUUCCUAAUUCAGGACCUGUUUCCUACGAUAGAGAAACAAAGCAAGGCACAGGCCUGGUCCCCAGCCCUGGCUCUCUGCCUCUCCACGUGCUCACAGCCUCUCCCAGGCUAAUACUAAGCAGUGUCAUGAGUCUGAGCCAGGUGGGAGAUUAAUUCUUGGGGACACUUGAGGGCUGAGAAGGGGGAGGAAUGACAGGUCCAGUAACAGUUACCAGCAGCAGUGCAGCUGCCAUCCUUGACAGCUCCCUCCUCCUCAGAGACCACGACAUAGAUGGUCAGGAACCCUGGCUGAGAAAGACAGCCGAGGGGCGGGGGGAGCCUCGGCAAAUCGCCUCUGCCAAGUCCUGGCCUUAGCCAAGCCAGCUCCAGCUUCUCUGGCUCCUCCUCCUCCUCAACCCUAUCCCCAUCCGUCACACAUACACUUAAUGCGCCUCGCAUCCAAGUCCACCCACUCUGGACUUUGGCCUUAGCAGUAGCUAGGGUGGGAGGCUGGGAAGACCGGGAGCAGUCUCAAACAAAAGCAAGAGCAGCAGCUUCGGGCGCUGUAGUACCUGCCAGCUUUCCCCAUAGGAGCCUGGGCUGCCACCUGCAGGUCACUUGGGCUCCAACUAUGUGGCUCCCUCUGCUGCUGGGUGCCUUGCUCUGGGCAGUGCUGUGGUUGCUCAGGGACCGGCAGAGCCUGCCUGCCAGCGAUGCCUUCGUCUUCAUCACCGGCUGUGACUCAGGCUUUGGGCGCCUUCUGGCACUGCAGCUGGACCAGAGAGGCUUCCGAGUCCUGGCCAGCUGCCUGACCCCUUCCGGGGCCGAGGACCUGCAGCGGGUGGCCUCCUCCCGCCUCCACACCACCCUGCUGGAUAUCACUGAUCCCCAGAGCAUCCAAAAGGCAGCCAAGUGGGUGGAAACACACGUUAAAGAAGCAGGGCUUUUUGGUCUGGUGAAUAAUGCUGGUGUGGCUGGUAUCAUCGGACCCACACCAUGGCUGACCCGGGAUGAUUUCCAGCGGGUGCUGAAUGUGAACACAAUGGGUCCCAUCGGGGUCACCCUUGCCCUGCUGCCCCUCCUGCAGCAAGCCCGGGGUCGGGUGAUCAACAUCACCAGCGUCCUGGGUCGCCUGGCAGCCAAUGGUGGGGGUUACUGUGUCUCCAAAUUUGGCCUGGAGGCCUUCUCUGACAGCCUGAGACGGGAUGUGGCUCAUUUUGGGAUACGCGUCUCCAUCGUGGAGCCUGGCUUCUUCCGAACCCCUGUGACCAACCUGGAGAGUCUGGAGAAAACCCUGCAGGCCUGCUGGGCUCGGUUACCUCCUGCCACACAGGCCCACUAUGGGGGGACCUUCCUCGCCAAGUACCUCAAAGUGCAAGAGCGCAUCAUGAACCUGAUCUGCGACCCGGACCUCACCAAGGUGAGCAGAUGCCUGGAGCAUGCCCUGACUGCUCGACACCCCCGAACCCGCUACAGCCCAGGCUGGGAUGCCAAGCUGCUCUGGCUGCCUGCCUCCUACCUGCCAGCCAGCCUGGUGGAUGCUGUGCUCACCUGGGUCCUUCCCAAGCCUGCCCAAGCAGUCCACUGAAUCCAGCCUUCCAGCAAGAUUGUUUUUCAAGGGCAAGGACUUUAUUUCUGCCCUCACCCUGGUACUGCCUGGUGCCUGUCACAAAAUAACCACUAACAAGUGUGUUGUUUGAAAAAUAAAAAGGUGGGCAGAAACGAAGGUGCCCAGUGGAAGGCUGAUCCCAUUUAAGUGCUAACUACU